GCUUUCGGUGUUCGAUAUCUAAAUUUGUUAGUCUUUUCUAAACAUCCGCACUCUUGAUGGGAUAAGAUAGGUCAAAUUUAUGACCUCUUAGUUGUCAUUUCUUCAUAUUUACAAAGUUUAAAUUUGUUGUUUGCAACAAAUAUAACUUAUCAGACCAGCUUAAGUUAAAAAUUUGACAAAUUUGAGUCCAUACCAGUAUAGUAUAUAGUCAAAAAUUUUAGAAAUGAUGUGGUUUCUUAUUUUUCAAAAUUCUAAUUCACCAUUUCAUUUUUUGAUUCGUUUUAUUUAAAUUUAAAUUAAGCAAAUGGAAAAUAAUUUAUUUUCCUGGGGGUGGUUUUGGCGCGCUUCUCCCGAAAGGGGCUCGUCUUAGCUUCGUCUCUCUCUCUCAACCUAAAACCCUAGGCGCGUUCGCGAGAGGAUUUUUAGGGCGAAUCGAAGAGGAGGAGGAGGAGGACGACGACGAAGAUGAAGAGGCGAUCGGCCGUGGCCGACGACGACGACGAUGACCCCCUCGACUUCGAGGAGGAGGAUGCGCUCCUCAACGCCACCCCUCGCGUCGCCUCCAAGAGGAGAAAGGCUAUUGGUUUGGAUGAUCUUCUUUCUGAAGUUUACAAGGAGAAAAAUAAACUUAUGGGUUGUAACCCUGCGCGAUCAAAUGCACCCAAAGGCUAUAAUUCAGAUGAAGAUGAUAAAAAGACACAAGAAAACGAGAUCACUUUCUGCAAGUUUGUUGACGAUUGCGAGAAACAAGCGAGUGAAUGAGAUAGGUUCUGAAGAUGAAGUUCCGGAAUGGGGUCAGAAAGUUUUUGGAUUACAGAAAUCUCCAACAUCAUUGGGGCGUACAGGGCUUGAAAAUUGUCAACUUUUACAGUCUUUUACUGAAAAUAGUCUCGCUCAAAUUUUGGGUGUGAAUGCUGAACAAGGAGAGACCUUUCUGAAAGGCUUGUUGAUGAAUGGAUGGCUUUCAAAAUUAGCCUUCAGAAGCGGUCUUGUCGAAGAAUCUAUUGCGCGUUGGUCAUUUCACACAAUGUUAUACUCUUUGAAUGAGGAGUUGCAGGUUUCUGCAUGUGAUUUUUGGUGUUGCAUUCUUCAAUCCAGAGAUGAGGCUAAUCAGCCAUUGGUAAGACUUGGAUGGUAUCCUAACUAUUCCGCGCUAAAGGAUGCUCUAUUAAACUAUGGUUAUCUAUUUGAUACCACUAGUAAUUGCUCUUCAACUUCUGAAGCUUCCUCUGCAGAUUCUGAAUGUGACGGGCCACCCGCAAACAUUCUUUCAUGGAUAAGAGUUUUAUCUGCAUGUUUUCAACUCAGAAAUGGCCGGACUAUAUUUAGUACUUCUGAAGCAGAGGAUUUUCUCAUCAUAGUUAUUUGCCUGUUUCUGGACCGGAAGCUUGUAGGCAUUACAUCUAUAUUGAGCGAAUGCUUGCAAUCAAUUAUCGGUUCCUUUAGCGACAGCCAAUGGGAUGAGAGCUGUGUGAAAGUUGCAGAAUCUAUUGCUCACAGAGUUCCAAAGGACCUUAAUUGCUUACGAAUAGUCGAAUGCAUUUCCGGGCUUGAUAAUCGCAAUAAGCAUCUAAGAAGUCAAUUGGCCCUUCAAAUGCUUAGGAUAAGCUUUGAUAGGAAGGUAACUAAUGCUAAAGAAGCUUUGGAAAUGCUCAAGUUAGUGAAUGUUAAGAACAAGGAUUGCAAUUUCUUCAAGCUAUACAUCUACUUGGUCUUAGUGGAGAAUCUGCUACUGUUUGAUCAUCCAUUUGAAGAAAAAUCUCUAAUUAUUGACUUGUGGAGUAAGUAUCUUCGAAAUUGCUCGACCCAAAUUACUAGCACGGACUUGCGAUCGUACGCGUCAAAGGUCCGCAAUAAAGCUUCAUAUCUUCUCCAGAACAUGAUCCUAAAGAAUUGUGGGUAGCAUCUAAACAAUAGGCUGGAAGUAGAAUUUUUCUUUAUUUUUGCCUAUGUAAGAAAAAGAUGAGAUCUUUUGCAUGUACACCUAAUGUGAUCCCAUUAAAAUGUACAUAUUCCUUGGUAUGUUCUUCUCAUGGUUUUGCAUUCAAAAUUGUUCCCCCGUGUUUUAUUU